AUGGACUCGUCGGGAACCUACCGUACUGUACCAUCCACACAGUCGACAGUUUAUUCAGCACCCCAUGGAAGCAGGGGUGUCUCCAGAUCGUUUAGCUGUUUUAUUGUAACAACUUUUUGCUAUUUAGGAAAUAGAUAUGCCCUGCUCAAAGUUCUUGACAAAUCAAAAGGGAAGCUGGAUGUAGCUGUGAUGAAAGCUGGGAUUCAACAUGACAUCUCACAAGAUCCGAAUCCACUGAAAAAGUAUGAAGUUUUGCCGGUGAAAGAAGUCAGAAACCUCAAAAUCGGUGGAUUUACGGUCCAGAAUCUGAAAAACGAGCUGAAACACCUUGGACUGACUGAAAGUUUCCCUGAUAUCGAGGAGCAUGCAGAAGUGGUUUAUAAGCAUGUGAAAAGAGUGAAGAAAGCGAAGAAAUUGAGAACUUGUGACUUGAUUGAUGCAGUGGAGAGUUGUCAGAUGAUUUGUGUUCUCAAUCGACUCUCGAACUAUAAGAGAUUCGUUCUCAAUCAGAAAGGAUGCGGCAGAGUUCCGGGAUUAAAGUGUGAGCAGUGCGAGAAAGAGAAGAAGAAAAUGUCAGAUGAGAUCAGAAGCUCUGUCACGAAUCCGCCAGAGGAAAAGCUUCCGAAGGCUCUGAAAAAUCUGAAAAUCGAGAGCUCCACUAGCUGUCAGAAGGUGAAGGAGGGGAUUCAGACGAUGUCAGAUUUUCAGAAUCCUACAGACGAAAGCCCCAAUGAUAAUGAGGAUAAUAAGGAGAAUCAGAAUCCGAUUAAGGAUGAGAAGACGUCGAAGAAGAUGGUCUCAGAUAUUAUGAAUUUGUUGGCUCAGAGAUCUAAAGUAGCCACUGAAUCAUCUGAAAUUCUUAACGAUAAUUCGGAAAAAUGUGUAUCAGAGAGUCAACUGCAGACCCAAUUACAGAUGAAAUUGAAGGAAAAGAUUAUGGCGAAAACUGAGGAAAACCAACGACUUCAUGAGACAAUUCUCAAGUUGACUGCUGAAAAUGAGGCGGAUCAGAGAGUAAUUCAACAUUUACUCGAUGAAUUGGCAGCUGGAAACCAGAAGAAAGAUAUGGAAGAGGUAUCCGAUGAUACUGAGGCCUCCAGAAUCCCUCCGGUCGUCAUCUGUUAUUGCGCUUACUUCCAUAUUCGAUUCCACGAACAAUUGGAUCUAAUCGAUAAUUAUGUAGAGUUGACUUAUAAAACAAUUGCAUCUCUUUUGCAUGCCACAAGCAAAGCUCCGAAAUUCCAAUUGAUUGGAAAAAUCGAUGAGGAUUUCCCAGAUAAACUGAUCAACCUUCUCAAUGACGAUGUCAUCGAUACCAACACUUCCACUUUAUACGGAGAGAUUGUAAAAGAAGGUGGAGAAGUGAACCAUGAUAAGAGUAAAAGGUGGCACGUCACAGAAAAAGCAUACAAGUGUAAAAAGUAUCCGAAAUGUUUGUCUGGUCCGUUUUAUUUGGCAACGAGGAAAGCGGCAAUAGAAGACGUCUUCAUUACUGGCCUACUUGCAGAUGCCGUUGGCGUUGCCCGUAAAAGCCUCCCAAUGCUUCACAUGCUUCCAGAAGAUAAAACAGCUGAGGAAAAAACGGACAUACUCGUCUGGCACACUUUCAAACAUUACGAUCAGUAUAUGGAGUUUUUCAAGAAAAAUUUGAAAUGA